AUGAACGCGACGAAAUGGAGAAUCUCAAAGGCCUGCCAAGAAUGUCGCGCCAAGAAGAUCAAGUGCAACGGCGAGACGCCCUGCCAGAAUUGCAGAAUGAGAAAUCUCAGCUGCGUAUAUCGCGAAAAGGCCCGAAAUCGGACGCGAAAGGUCAAGCCGCGGACCGCUGCUUAUGAGACCAUCAUGUCUCACGACGCCAUGGAGAGCACCUCUUUAGAGCCAUCCGACGAAGGAACUGUGCCGCCCACGCCAAGCGGCGACGAUGCCGCCUCUAUAGGACCCGCCGGCUCAGUCAUGGACAGCGAGCGCAGUUUAACGCAUAAUAGCGUCGCUGCGACACAUCGCGCAUCACCAUCAUGCUUCCUCCAGCUUUACUAUGGUCCCUCAUCAAAUUUCGCUCUCCUCAACUCCAUCUAUCACCAAAUAGCAGGGAUUUGCCCAAAUGACCCCCCGUCGCGUUCUGGAAUUGUCGAAGAAGGUGGCCAGGGUCUAGACCUUUUCAAUCAUCGCAGAUUAUUCUUCGGAGAUUUGGCCGACAACCAACGGCCGACGUCACUUCCGGAUGAUUGCUCAGCCAUGCUCAUCAACCCACAAACAGCCCAUCGAUUACUUGAGAGAUAUCUCUUGACCUAUUGGCACUGCCUGCCUGUGAUGAGUAAAGAUGACUACCGCCGUCGCUUGGACGCACUUUUUCAACCACCUGGCAUCUUUGAUUAUGACGAGCCCGAGACCAUCAUUAUAAUGCUGGCAGUAGGACUGGGGGCUUCCAUGACAGGUGAAGAGGCCAUCGCUGAGUUUCUUUUUCAGAAAACCAAACAAGGUGCCGCUAAACUGGAUGAGGUUGUGAAUAUGCAGCUCAUACUCCCAAACGGUCACUUUCAAUCCGAAAGAGCAAGACCAAAUUCAGGUUUCUUACAUGUUGGCACCGCAUGCAGAAAGGCUGUGGCUGCUGGCUUACAUAAGGAUGGAUUGACACGCCCAGGAUACACAGAACAAAACGCAGAUCAACGGAGAAUCAUUUUCUGGAGUUUAUUCUUCUGGGAAACAUGGCACUGUUUUGUGCUGGGCAGACCGAGCUCCAUUCCUGAUCCUGGCCAAAUCAUCCCGUUGCCCAAGGACCAAAAAUUGCUCAAAUCUUUAGUUACUUUAUCACGGAUUAUGAAUAUAUGUGUCAAGCGCAUAUACAGCCCACGUCACGAUUCAUUAUUACCAGUCUGGAACGCAGCUGUCGAAAUCCGUCGUGAGCUCCACCAGUUUGCGGAGCAGCAACUUAAGGAUAUGAAGUUCGGGCUUGUCGGCGAUCCUAGUACUGGAGAGCUUGGAGUUUGUCAAGCUAUGGUUUCUACUAUAUACCACCACACGUUACUAUUAACCUUUCGCCCGUUCUUGAUACUUCGAGCCAAAUUAAAUCGCGACCAGGCAACUGCUGGAGCCGAAGAUGUUCAGAUGCCUCCUCCGUGGCUUGAUAGCGCCUGCGAGUAUUGUCUGGAGGCAGCGAGAAAUUCAGUUGGAUUCUUGACAGGCUCCUGCGCCACCAACGUUCUCUGCCAUGAUAUCAAGUAUCAUGGCUUCUUCAUCGAAGGAGCGUGCUAUGCCCUAGCCUUUGACAUGCUUCAAGAAAAGAAAACUGCCCAUCGAAAUUUGCCCUGGAUUCACUCUGGUCUCCGAACUCUCCGUUCCAUGAUGGGAACAGCCGGGGCAAACCCGGGCCAACUGCCGAUAACGAUUGCCUCAAUCGAGCAAAUGGUCCGGUCGGCCGGCUUUGAACUCAAAGAACCAGCAAAUCAAAGCAGACAACAUUCGCAGCCCCCGCAUCAAAAAUAUCCAGGCUCACCAGCACCUGGAUCUUUAGUAAAUGGCAUGGGCAACGAGCCAGCGUUUACGUUCCCUUCGAUGCCGUUUGGCUUUGACGUCACCGGCCAAAUGAAUGGUGCUUCACCUGCGGGUGCUGGAUCGGAAGAUCUGGCAGAUUUCACAGCUGCUGAUGUUGGCUGGGACAUUGAUUUUGGAACAAUGAAUAUGGAGGCAUUCUUGUCUCUCGAUUCGGCGGAGGCUUUCAACUUUGCUCCUUGA